AUGUCUGGAUCAAAGCCUACUGGAAGGGUUUCUUCGUACCAGUCAUAUUUUGAGAAAGUUUUAGCUAAACGAUUAAGGUAUCUCAAUAACAUCAAUGGAUUGUUGGCGAUUUUGAUAUCAAUAACUCUUGCUAUUCCAUAUGGAAGUUUUUGGUGGAACUUGUUACUAACUUUUACUAUAAGAGGUCCAUUGAUAUUUAUUGCAUUGACUCUUAUAAAGCUUUCAAGAGAUUACAACAGUACUGUUCAAUUGUCACCAAAUAAAACCUUAGCACAACAAAUUGCUUAUACCGUUUUUUCAAAGAAAAGUUUGGUUCACUUCUUCUUUUAUUUAGCAUCUUCGAUAAUCUUUGCUGGAGUUUUCAUCUUUCAAUUGCCAUUCACUUACGAUUAUUAUACAGUAUCAAAAAUAUAUCAACAAAAGGCUCCAAUAAAUGAUGAAUGGGUUUACUAUUGGUACUAUUCAACUUAUAUUGCAGUAGUUUAUACAUUUCAACAUUUGAUCUUCCAACGCAAUAGAUUGAAGUUUCAAUACGGUGUGAACAAAGUCAAACCUGAAAGUGUGUUCUUCAAUAAAGUCCCUAAAUUGUUUGGAAACUCUGUUGGAUUGAAUGUGAUCUCGAGUAUUACUGGUCCAUUACUUUAUUUAGUUUUAAGAGGCUUCAUUUACAAAGCGAAUUGGUUAUUGAUUUUCUUAUUAGGAUUAGAUCAAAAAAUCCCUCCAAUCCAUAUUUCAAUUAAAGAUUUAUUCAAUCUUUCUUAUUUCUCAUUCCAUGUUCUUUAUUGUUGGGAAAUUGUUAACCAUGUUUACCAAAUCUAUGCUACCAUUGGAUGCUUGGAUGGCCGCAAGCCAAUAAGUACUUAUAGUUCUGAUCCAAUUAACACUCUUUUAUCUGGUUUACGUAACAUCGAAGAAGACCAUCAAUUGAGUAGAUUGACAGCGUUCCAAGAAUUGGCCUAUAUUUCAACUACAGACGACCCUGACGGAGUUAAAUUAAGAUUAGCCAUUUAUAGCGCCCAUUCCAAGACUGGUUAUAUCUGGCCAUCUAUAUUAGAUGAAUGCGCCUUAGUUAUAAAGGAAACCACCUCAAGAGUGAAUUACAGGAAUAAAUUCGAUUUAAAGAAAUUACAACAAACUCAAAGUAUCUUAAAAGACGAUGUUAAUACAAACUUGUUGAAAACCGAUGAUGACAUCUUUGGUAAUUCAUAUUUCACUAGUCCAAGCUCCAAGAUAAACAGUCAAAACUCAACUUCACCUUUGGCAAAAUAUAAUCUCGAAAGUGAAUCACUAAAUAAAUCUAAUUUCUUUGCAAGUUUGUCCAACCUGUCUCUUUGCAAGUCUUUAGAAAAUUUGAUUAUACUUCCAGCCAAAUCAAUCUUCAUUAACCAAAUCUCUAUAAAGCAAAAUUCGAGCCAUGCAAAAGGUAAUUUUGUCAGCAAAACACUCUCUGAUUUAUGUGAUACUUAUAAUGAGUACCAACAAUCAUUCCUUUCAAGUAGUUUUGGUACCUUUUUCAGAGUCACUUUACGAAGAGAUGCCGAUUCCAGAGUGUUAAAUCCAGUUAACUAUGGUAAUGCAGUUAUAAGUAUCUCAAACUUGCUUAUCCAUGCAGUCGAAGAGGAUAAACAUAAUACAAUCAAUAACAAUCAUAGUAGUGACAUCAUUAAUUUAUUAGAAAAACCCAUCAGGGCUUGCUCCAAUUAUACUGAUUCAUUACCAGCAUCAAUCUACAUAAGUAAAGAAGAUGAAAACAAGACACAUCAUUUAAUAGCAUUGAUUCAUGAUUUAACAAUGAAUGAGUUUUACAAGCUUUGUUUGAAAUAUAAUUAUAAAUUAAAUGAUUUAGUAUUAUCGGCAAGAGCCUUCAAGUUGGCUAAAUGGGUCAUUGAUGUUGCAAUUGCCCAACAACAGCAACAAGAAGCAUCUCAAUCAAACAAAGGUGUCGAUUUGAGAUUUUAGUUACUGUGUCCGGUAGCUUUGUAUAUUAUUAACUUCAAAUAUAAAAAUUUUUUGCACCAUUUUUUUUCCUUCAAUAUUGAGAGCAAGAAACUUUAAAUUGAAAACAAAAAUAUAUGUAAAGUAAUAAAUAUUUAUAUAGUAC